AACUCAAGCAUUAGCACCAACAAGCUCUGAGCAUCAUCAGUCUCUGGAAAGCCUUCUGAAUUAGACAAGGGCUGCCUCUCAGCACAGCUACAAAACACUUUAAACCUGACCAGCUAAAUGGAUAAACCUAGCCUGCAUAGCUUUUAAACUGGGGUCUCAUACAACACAGGAGGCCUACUUGCUUCAAGAACUGAAAAAUCCAGAGGAUGAAUUGCUUUAUCUGGGAAUGGCAAAAGCCAGCACAAUAAGGAAUGCCAGGUAUUCCGAAGAUUUUCUUUCUUCCUUUUUUUUUUUUUUUUCCUCUCUCUUUUUACAGAGAAGUUGGUUACAGAGAUGGGCUGUAGCUCUUUUGCACAGAUUGCCAAUUACUGCUGAUGGGUCUCUGGUGAAUUACACAAUGGUCCUCAGAGCCUAGAGGCCCUCCCCCCUACCCCCCCCCAAUGGUUUCCUUUCUCUGCACCCCUCCAUACCACCCCAUGCUGAUUUUUUUCAUUUGUGUAUAUAUAAUUUUUUUUUCCCUGCCUGUUCUCUCCGGGGAAGUUUGUAUGGGGCUACUAGCUCACAUGCGGGAUCAGAAUGGUGUGAAUGACAGCCGCACUGUGUCAUGAAGGUGGUGGUGGUUUCAGCACCAAAGACCAAAUAAGAAGAAAGCUGAGAGAGGGGAAAAACGGUUUUUGGAUGACAAAGGAUGGGUUUCCAUUUAAUUACGCAGCUGAGAGGCAUGCGAGUGGUGCUAGUGCUACUUCCUACACUGCUGCUUGUUAUGCUCACAGGGGCUCAGAGAGCUUGCCCAAAGAACUGCAGAUGCGAUGGCAAAAUUGUGUACUGUGAGUCUCAUGCUUUCACAGAUAUCCCUGAGAACAUUUCUGGAGGGUCACAAGGCUUAUCAUUAAGGUUCAACAGCAUUCAGAAACUCAAAUCCAAUCAGUUUGCUGGUCUUAACCAGCUUAUAUGGCUUUAUCUUGACCAUAAUUACAUUAGCUCAGUGGAUGAAGAUGCAUUUCAAGGGAUCCGUAGACUGAAAGAAUUAAUUUUAAGUUCCAACAAAAUUACCUAUCUGCACAAUAAAACAUUUCACCCUGUCCCUAAUCUCCGCAACCUGGAUCUCUCCUACAAUAAACUUCAGACAUUACAAUCAGAACAAUUUAAAGGCCUUCGGAAACUCAUCAUUUUACACUUGAGGUCUAAUUCUUUAAAGACUGUGCCCAUAAGAGUUUUUCAAGACUGUCGAAAUCUUGACUUUCUGGAUUUGGGUUACAAUCGUCUCAGAAGCUUGUCACGAAAUGCUUUUGCUGGCCUCUUGAAGUUAAAGGAGCUCCACUUAGAGCACAAUCAGUUUUCCAAGAUCAACUUUGCUCAUUUUCCUCGUCUCUUCAACCUACGCUCUAUUUACUUGCAGUGGAACAGAAUUCGCUCUAUCAGCCAAGGUUUGACAUGGACUUGGAGUUCCUUACACAACUUGGAUUUAUCAGGGAAUGACAUCCAAGGGAUUGAGCCUGGCACCUUUAAGUGUCUGCCCAAUUUGCAAAAAUUGAAUUUGGAUUCCAACAAGCUUACCAAUAUCUCACAGGAAACCCUCAAUGCAUGGAUAUCAUUAAUAUCCAUCACCUUGUCAGGAAAUAUGUGGGAAUGCAGCCGGAGCAUUUGCCCUCUAUUUUACUGGCUCAAGAACUUCAAAGGAAAUAAGGAAAGCACCAUGAUAUGUGCAGGACCUAAACAUAUCCAGGGUGAAAAGGUUAGUGAGGCAGUGGAAACAUACAAUAUCUGCUCUGAAGUCCAGGUGGCCAACACAGAAAGAUCACAUCUGGUGCCCCAAACUCCCCAGAAGCCACUGAUCUUCCCUAAACCCACCUUCUCCAAACCUGAUCCUCCUCAGUCCACCUUUGAAACACCAAGUCCUUCCCCAGCAUUUCAUAUUCCUGGCACAGAGCAAGAAUAUGAGCACGUUUCUUUUCACAAAAUUAUUGCAGGAAGUGUGGCUCUCUUUCUCUCAGUGGCCAUGAUCCUCUUGGUAAUCUAUGUGUCUUGGAAACGCUAUCCAGCCAGCAUGAAACAGCUUCAACAACAUUCUCUUAUGAAGAGACGGCGGAAAAAGGCCAGGGAGUCUGAAAGACAAAUGAAUUCACCUUUGCAGGAGUAUUAUGUGGACUACAAGCCUACAAACUCUGAGACCAUGGAUAUAUCCGUUAAUGGAUCUGGGCCCUGCACAUAUACCAUCUCUGGCUCCAGGGAAUGUGAGAUUCCACACCACGUGAAGCCAUUGCCAUAUUACAGUUAUGACCAGCCUGUGAUGGGGUACUGCCAGGCUCACCAGCCACUCCACAUCAACAAGGGCUAUGAAGUGGUAUCUACAGAACAAGACGAAAGCCCCAGAAUGGAGCUCGGCCGUGACCACAGCUUCAUAGCCACCAUCGCCAGGUCGGCAGCGCCAGCUAUUUACCUGGAGAGAAUAACAAACUAAUGAGCAGAGCCAACUCCGCAUUGGGGGUGGGGUAGGGGGUAGGGUCUUUAUCUCAAAGAAGAAUUGGUAUCUAAAAGUGCUCAUUUAAGCCAGGUUAUCAUUCCUGUAAAACAUUUAUGGCCUAG